AAAAAUCUUCAGCAGUUAGCAGGAUUCAUCUGUAAUCAUCCCCAUUCAUCCCAGAUUCGCUUUCUUUUGUUGUGUGUUUUUAACAUGGGUAAACCAGGGAGUUUGCAGAAAGGAUUUUCCAUUUCAAAGAGCGUAAUACAGAAUAGACUGCGAUUGGCAGAUAAGUACCACCUUAAAAACUACUGUAUUUGACUUUUACUUGUAUUCUUUUGUUUACGUCUGCGCAGUUAUACGCGAUGAUUGCAAACUGUAAGUUGUUUUGAAGUUGCUUCAUGAGACAGAUAUAUUAUACGGGAUGGUGGUUUAAGCUAGGGACACGUUGUUAAAAAUUUGAUAUAAGUUCUCCCGAGAAACAUUUUGAUUUCCCCAAGUUUUGAUAGAGAUAUGCGACAGACAUGUGAGGGGGAAUUCAUUAGCAAUCAACUCUACUGAUGUCCAAGAUCCGUUACCAAAAGGACAUCCAGCAGCAGGAGAGAGCUCUAUGUACCAACUUUUCCGGGAAUGUGAUAGACCAAUUUUGUCAGCAUUUCCUCUGCACGUCUGUGUUAUGUUUUGAUCGGGUUAAUAAUAUACAUUCGGAUGACUUAUGCAGUUAUUUUGUGAAACGAAAUCAUAAACAGGACAAAAAAGAACCCACUCUGCUUUUGGAACGUCCGUUUUGGUUUGAUGAUGGCAGCUGCCCUGAAGCAAGUAAAGGCCAACCCUUCCACAGUGGCAUCUGACAAGACGGAGAGUAUCUCUGGAGCUUCAGGAGGCGACGGACCUUCCGUCAAGGUUGGUGGGAGUGACGGUGGAAGAGUUGGUGGUGAUGGGAGCGACAAUGGAUCAGUUAUAGGAAGCAGUCCUCACAGUGACUCCAGUAAACCAAGCAACGGUGGGAAGCCGGUAAGAAAGCUCUCGCAGUGGAGCCUCCUCAAGAAGAAGCUGAAUAUUCGCAAUGGCGUCGCGGUCAGCGGAAGUGUAGGUGGUGGCAGCGGUGGGAUCAAAGGAACACUGUCCCUUGGAAACCCACUCCUCAUCCGCACUGCCUCCAAGAAGUCAAUCCUAACCAGCACAAGCAACAACUACAACUCUGCAGAGUCCGUACGACUCGAGAACACCUACCAGUUGGGACCCGACAGACAGCACACCUUUCGUCCGUUGCGCGUCCAGCAUGAAGUCGAGCUACUCUUGGACCAGAUCUUGGAGAAGGAGAGGUACGACCCCUCUAGGAGUGGCUUUCUGACAGUCCGUAUUGCAGAAGCUGUCAAGGAUAGGGUUAAGACUCUAGGGUUCGUGAGGCACAAGUUGGUCGUCCAGACCAUGCUCAGUUCGGCAGGAGGACAGAGUUUUGAGAUUGCCAGCCGAUGUCUCUGGAAUGCCGACACCGAUAAUUACACGACGGCAGUUUAUCAGAACCCCACCCUCUUUGCAAUAGUGUCAGUGUAUGGAUUGUACUACGAGUGAUGUUACUGACAUAAUACAUUUCAUAUGUCUUUUGGGUAAAGUGACGCUGGGUGCAUGAUGCA